AUGAGCGGCACGCGACGCGAUGCCCCGCCGCAUCACAAGCACAAGGACAGCGUUCCUGACGCGGGGCUGAGAAGUCUCGAUCAUUAUAAAAGAGCGCUGCCAAAAUGGAGAUAUAACUUGCGACAACAGGCGCUCCCGCUCAUCCGCUGGGAGACGCCGUAUCUGGCUGCUCUCCAGAGCAAGUUGCGCACCCCGGCGCUCGACAGCUACUUCGCCAUCACGGCCAACCUGGGCACGCACACCUUCUUCAUGAUCUUCCUGCCCAUGCUGUUCUGGGGUGGCUAUGCGGCCUUUGCCAAGGGAUUGGUCCACAUCUUGGCGCUGGGUGUCUUCUGGACAGGCUUCAUCAAGGACUUUUACUCGCUGCCCCGGCCACUGUCGCCGCCGCUCAACCGCAUCACCAUGUCUGGAUCCGCCGCGCUCGAGUAUGGCUUCCCUUCGACUCAUAGUGCCAAUGCCGUGUCCGUUGCCGUCUACGCCAUUCUGCACCUGCGCGACCCCCUCAACACCUUUUCCGACACGACAAAGCUGCUCCUCGAGAUCCUGUCGUACUUUUAUGCUGUGUCGAUUGUCUUUGGGCGACUCUACUGCGGUAUGCAUGGGUUCUUGGACGUUAUCAUCGGAUCUAUAAUGGGGGCUGGUAUCACCGUCCUGGAAUACUAUUACGGGCCGCCAUUGGACGCCGCAAUGCAGCACGGCACUUGGCUGGUUCCCGUCAUCGCUGGCUUGGUUGUUGUCGUCUUUGUGCGAAUUCAUCCCGAGCCUGCAGAUGAUUGUCCGUGCUUCGACGAUAGUGUCGCCUUCGCCGGCGUAGUAAUCGGCUUGGAAGUCGGCACUUGGACUGUCGGAAGGACUUUCCUAGCUGGCGCUGAGUCUAGCAUGGGUGUUUUGCCGUAUGUGUCGUGGGUUAUAGCGGCAAGGAUGGUUGUGGGAAUCAUUGCCAUUUUUGUUUGGCGCGAGACUAUGAAGCCUACACUGCUCAAGGUCUUGCCUCACCUAUUCCGUCUUAUCGAGUCGACCGGCUUUGACCUGCCCCGAAGAUUCUUUACGCCCGCUAGCGAGUACAAGUCUGUGCCUCCCGGAUCGCGGUUGGAUACAUUAUUCCCGACAGCCUCUGAUUUUCCUCGCAUGGUUGAGAGUAUUCGACAUCCCACAACUCGAGGUCGAUCGGUCUCUAUCGGGCCUCAGAGCGCGGCGGAUGCAUACGAAACCUUGGCUUACCGGGAACGGCAGCGACGGGACAGCAUUGGAAGCAAUGCAAGUCUCAAGAGCAAAUCAAGCAAUAUGGAUCUCAAUGGCAAAGAGGAAGAUAAGUCAGGCAAGGGAGCACAAACUUCAGGUGCCCAGAAGGCAGCGUUUAAUGAUAAUGAGUCGCUGAGAGGUCCCAAUGACAUUCUGGUUAUGCAGGGAUCAGAGAACGGGAACCCGGAUAUUUAUCUUUCCAUGGAGGAUGCGCGUGACGAGAAAGAAGUCUUUUCUCAGCUGGUGAAGCCGCGAGUGAGAUAUGAUGUCGAAGUUGUCACGAAACUCGUGGUUUAUGCAGGUAGGAAUCCAACAUUGCAACCCUUGAAUAUCGAGAAGACGACUAACGAGACAAAACCAUCACAGGAAUCUCCUCAUUAUAAAGCCAUAGACCAACUUGAAUUUUACCUCUGCAACUGCUUUUCCCCGCCAAAAAUGUCCGACUACGAGGAUGAGAUGGACGUUGAUGGUCCUGGUCCAUCCGCCGAUAUCACAUUCUCGGCUGAGGCGACCAAGGGCAAACGGAGUGCUGCUAACCUGCCGGUUGAAGUUGAAGAUACCCUGCCAUGGGUUGAAAAGUAUCGUCCAGUAACGCUCGACGAUGUGUCCGGCCACCAAGACAUCCUAGCUACCAUCAACAAGUUUGUCGAGUCGAAUCGCCUCCCUCACCUGCUUCUCUACGGACCUCCCGGCACGGGAAAGACGUCUACCAUCUUGGCCCUAGCACGACGAAUCUACGGCACUGCCAACAUGCGCCAGAUGGUGUUGGAGUUGAACGCCUCCGACGAUAGAGGCAUCGAUGUUGUCCGAGAACAGAUUAAGACGUUUGCUAGCACAAAACAAAUCUUUUCCAUGGGCAGCAGUGCAGCAAAGGGCAAUUCGAUUGCAGGGUUCAAGCUCAUCAUCCUGGACGAGGCGGAUGCCAUGACCAACACCGCACAGAUGGCACUACGAAGAAUCAUGGAGAAGUACACGGCAAACACACGGUUUUGCAUCAUUGCCAACUACGCUCACAAGCUCAGCCCCGCCCUGCUGUCCCGUUGUACGAGAUUUCGGUUCAGUCCGUUGAAGGAGGGGGACAUUAGGGUGUUGGUGGAGAAGGUUGUAGAGGAGGAGAAUGUCAAGAUCCAGGGUGAAGCCGUGGAUGCACUGGUGAAGCUGAGCAAGGGCGACAUGCGAAGGGCAUUGAACGUGCUUCAGGCUUGUCAUGCAUCAAGCACACCAUUGAGACUAAAGAACGAACCCAAGCCGCCGGAAAGCGAGAUCAAGCGCGAGACAAUUACGACUGAAACGAUUUACAACUGCAUUGCGGCGCCUCAGCCUGAUGCCAUCAAGGAGAUUAUGGAGACGCUCUUGAGCACGCCGGACGUGACGAGCUGUCUGAAUACGAUUAAUGCGCUGAAGACAACGCAGGGCCUAGCGCUGGCAGAUAUUAUCACAGCGCUGAUGGAGCAGCUGACGAAGCUCGAGGUGAGCGCAGAGGUUAUGAUUACCUGGCUGGAAGGCCUGGCGGAGAUUGAGCACAGAGUUGCUGGAGGAGGCAGCGAGAUGGCGCCCAGCACCGCCGGGCUUCCCUUGCAUUCGGGAGCCGACGUCCACAAGAUCCCGCAGAUCCUGCCGCGAGAGCGCGUCUUUCCCAUCCAGAUUGGCGGCGAGCUGUUCAAGCUGUCCGGCGCAUCUCUAUCCUCUGAUGCGCCGUCUUAUUUCUCGCAAUACUUUCUCUGCCAGAUCAAAGUGGCUGAGAGCAAAGGCGAAGACCCCUCCUCCACGAUCCGGACGCUGUACAUCGAUCGCGAUCCCAAGACAUUUAGAGACAUUGCGCUGCACCUACAAGGAUAUCAUGUGAAGCCGCGGGACGGGACGCACUUUCUUAACGAGGAGAGCAUCUUCAUGUCCAUCGGCCAUCGGGAAUUCCAGAUUCCUCGCGACGUCCUCAACGAUCCUGCUAAUUCCCCAAACUACUUCUCCCUCGGCUUCGCUCUCUUCUUCUCCCAGCCAAACGACCUCUUCCCUGGCCUCGAUCGCGAGGGGCUGAUACGCCCGCCCUCUAUACUUCCUCCUUCGGUUCCCAACCGCAACGCCGACACCUUUGCCGAGCUGCUACGCUUGUUGCGUGGGUAUCCGGUCAGCAUUCGCGACGAGAAUCAUCGACAAGAGCUCCUUCGCGACGCUCGAUACUUUCACUUUAAAGGCAUCGAACAGCAGCUUGUUCCGCACUCCAUCAGCUAUAACCCUUUGCGCCAAAUCGAAGAGAUUGCCUUGCGGCUGGAGAAUGUGCAAAAGAGUGGCGUUAGCAUCUCAACUGAAGAGUCCGACGGGGCCUCGCGCUCCUCCGUCAGGCAUGUCAAGUAUGCACGCCCAUAUGUCGACAAUAAGCCGGCAGAGUUGGUAUUGGAGAUUGGAGGAACCACGGCCAAAUUCGUCUUCUCAGCAGAAGGGGUGAGAGCCGAGUUCUUUGGCGGCACAAAGGCUAGGGUGGCGAGAAUGUUAGAGGUGGUUGCGACAAAGCUCAAUCUGCCUCCGACCACGCAGCCACUGGGCCUCCUCAUGGCGUCAGGGGGUGCCAGUUCGCAACCAGCCACGCCAGGCAACACUCCUCUCAGUGAGGAUCUCGUACGGGUCGUCUUUGAAGCAGAGUCGUCAAUCAUCCUUAAUGGUGAAGACUAUGAGGCAGAUCUGAGCAACUACGAAGCCGAAGAUGCCACUCCUGCUAUUACCCCUGAUACUGAGACUCCUGUGAAUCCCAGAAAGCGCCGGAGGACGGGCGAGAGCAUCGAUAUUGGCCUUCCUCACGAGGGCCAAGAAUGGGCUGUUAAGACCGGACAGUUUAGGCUACGCAUUCAGGAGAGCAAGAGCGGCAAAAGCGCUGUCGAGUGCGUUUUCGUGGCCGUGAAGAUUGAUGCUGUGAGCUCGGAAAGGGGUAGGAAUAAGACGAGAAAAUUCCUUAGCGACUGA